AAAAAUCGGGUUGACCUGGUUGGGGUGGGACAGAGGUUGUAUAAUUCGGAAUUGAACAUCCCGUCGUUAGUCCCAGUUUCAGAGUCUGUUUGUAGAGAGUGAAGAAGAAGAAGAUGGCGUCGGUGGUUGGAGUGACGGAGAUAAGUAGCGGUAAGAUGUUUGGAGGUUACAAUAAAAGAUACAAACAUUACAGUAAAACUCUUAGCUGUUCAAUGAACUUUCACAUUUACUUCCCUCCCAACAUUUCCGAUAAUAAUAAACCAUUCCCUGUUCUCUAUUGGCUCUCCGGUCUCACUUGCUCCGAUGAGAAUUUCAUUUUCAAGUCCGGCGCUCAGCGCGCCGCUUCUCAAUACGGCGUUGCCUUGAUCGCCCCCGACACUUCUCCAAGAGGGUUGAAUGUCGAAGGAGAAUCCGAUUCAUGGGACUUUGGUGUAGGUGCAGGAUUUUAUCUCAAUGCUACACAAGAGAAAUGGAAGAAUUGGCGCAUGUAUGACUAUGUUGUCAAGGAAUUGCCAGAGCUUCUAAAAGAUAACUUUCCACAGCUUGACACAUCAAAAGCUUCAAUAUUUGGCCAUUCUAUGGGUGGGCAUGGUGCAUUGACCAUCUACUUGAAAAAUCUGGAUAAAUAUAAGUCAGUUUCUGCCUUUGCACCAGUAGCAAAUCCUACAAAUUGUCCUUGGGGACAAAAGGCAUUCACAAAUUAUCUAGGUGACAAUAAAUCUGAUUGGGAGGAUUAUGACGCUACUUACUUGGUAACAAAGUUUCCCGGGGUAUCUGCCACCAUUUUGAUUGAUCAGGGGGAAGAUGACAAAUUUUUGCAUGAUCAACUGCUACCUCGCAAGUUUGAAGAGGCAUGCAAGAAUACCAAUGUUCCACUGCUGCUACGCUUUCAACCUGGUUAUGAUCACUCUUAUUAUUUUAUUUCCACAUUCAUCGAUGAUCACAUCCAACAUCAUGCUCAAGCUCUUAGGCUUAAUUAAGUUGUGUGCACUCUGAUGACCUGCAACUGUUCUGUUAAACUUUAUAAAUCUGCUCAUUCUAUUUGCUUGUGAGUUGUGAUACUUGGUUUGUACUUGUUUUCAUGGCAGUUCAAAACUAAUCUCAUGAAAUGUACAAGAUUAUUUGUUUUUAUAUAUCAAUUAUAUGUAGAAUAAAGCCUUCUUCUA